AUGGGGGAAUCAGCCAACACCCAUCAACAUACUUCGCCGGCAACGGUGGCUCCGUCGGCGCCGCCGCCGAAUUUAGCAUUGUCUCGUGGACCCACUUGGACUCCUGCCGAGCAACUUCAACAGUUGCACUACUGCAUCCACUCUAAUCCUUCUUGGCCUGAAGCUGUUUUACUGGCUUUUCAGCAUUAUAUUGUGGUGCUCGGGACUAUAGUUCUUAUUGCCACUACCCUUGUGCCUAGAAUGGGUGGAAGCCCUGGUGAUAAAGCUCGAGUGAUUCAAACUUUGCUUUUUACUGCUGGGUUGAACACUUUGCUUCAAACAGCUCUGGGAUCAAGGCUCCCGACGGUGAUGCGGUCAUCGUUCGUGUUUAUUUUACCUGUGUUGUCAAUCAUCAAUGAUUUCUCUGAUAAGACCUUUUCAAGUGAACAUGAGAGAUUUACCUACACUGUUCGUACCAUCCAAGGGUCGUUGAUCGUUGCUUCAAUAAUCAAUAUUAUACUUGGAUUUAGUAGGGCGUGGGGACAUCUCACAAGACUUUUUACUCCUGUAGUUAUUGUACCUCUAGUUUGCGUGGUCGGUCUUGGUCUGUUUAUGAGAGGCUUCCCAAUGCUUGCUAAUUGUGUGGAGAUUGGCUUGCCCAUGUUGAUUCUCCUUGUUAUCGGUCAGCAGUAUUUGAGGCGUAUUCAUCCUCGAGCUGAUGUCGUACUUGAGAGGUUUGGUCUGCUUAUCUGCAUUGCACUUAUUUGGGCUUUUGCUGCCAUUCUCACUGUAGCUGGAGCUUACAACCAUGUCCGGGAGGUGACAAAACAGAGUUGCCGUACAGAUCGCUCGUUCCUUAUGUCGUCUGCCCCUUGGAUUAGAGUCCCUUAUCCAUUUCAGUGGGGUACUCCGAUAUUUCGUGCCAGUCAUGUCUUUGGCAUGAUGGGGGCUACACUCGUUACGUCUGCUGAGUCAACUGGGACUUUCUUUGCAGCAGCACGGCUUUCAGGUGCUACACCACCUCCAGCAUACAUUUUUAAUCGAAGUAUUGGCUUGCAGGGUAUCGGCCUGUUGGUUGAAGGAAUUUUUGGUUCCAUCGCUGGCAACUCUGCAUCCGUUGAAAAUGUUGGUCUUCUUGGGCUCACGCACAUAGGAAGCAGGAGGGUUGUGCAGAUAUCAACUGCUUUCAUGAUCUUCUUCUCCAUAUUUGGAAAGUUUGGUGCAUUCUUUGCAUCCAUUCCUUUACCGAUAUUCGGUGCCAUAUACUGUGUUCUAUUCGGCAUCGUUGCUGCUACAGGGAUCUCAUUCAUGCAAUUCACCAACAACAAUUCCAUGAGAAACCUCUAUAUUAUCGGCCUCUCCUUGUUCCUUGGCAUCUCAAUACCUCAGUAUUUCGUCACAAACACAACCCAAGACGGUCGUGGACCGGUUCAAACAGCGGGUGGAUGGUUCAAUGAUAUCCUAAACACCAUCUUCUCAUCUGCCCCAACAAUCGCCAUAAUUAUCGGAACAGUGCUCGACCAAACGCUCGAUGCAAAACCCUCGAUCAACGACCGAGGAGUCUCGUGGUGGAAACCGUUCCAGCACAAGAAAGGAGAUGUUAGAAAUGACGAAUUUUACGGCCUCCCUCUGCGGAUAAAUGAGUAUAUACCAACAAGAUUUCACUGAAAAUGAUUGCUUUCCAUCACGUUUGUUUAUACAACUUUGAUGAAUGAAUGAAUGAACGUAUUAUACAGAGCUUAACAGUGGUUAUUCAUCUUCUGUAUCUGAUAUAGUGAAGUAGAGAAAUCAGAAAUGUUCCAAAAACAUGUAGAGAUUUUUCUUACUGAUUCCAUUUCUUUUUCUUGCCAUGAAUCAAUGAAAAUAUGAAAAAUUCGAAAGCAUUUGAUCUUCAUAU